UUUUCUCAACCUAUAAUGGCAUCUAAUUCAGCUCUAGAAAUUGACAAUGAAAGUGAUAAUUCUUCUGGUAGCAGCUUAUUUAAGACUCAGUGUGUCCCUUACUUACCAAAACAGGGGCAAAGAAACCCUAUUAGAAAGUUUGUUCGUUCAUCUGGAGGUGUUGAAGCAAGGGAUUCAUCUAGUGACUCCUCUUUUGAACCAAGACCACUGACUUUAAAAGCUAUUUUUGAAAGAUUCAAAAAAAAGAAACGUAAAAAGAGGAAAUAUAAGCCAAAAGAAAGACCAAGGGGAAGACCAGAAGGAAGAAAAACCACUAGACGCUCCCAAAUAAAUAAGAAACAAGUUAAAGACAAAGGAUCUGGGUUCCCAUUUUUAGAAUCUGAGAAUGUAAAAAAGCCAUUACCAUGGAGAAAGAUUUUAAGCUUUGAGCAAGCGGUGGCAAGAGGAUUUUUCAACUACCUUGAAAAAUUGAAGUAUGAAUACUAUCUCAAGGAAUCCUUGAAACAAAUGAAUGUUGGUGAAGAUUUAGAAAGGGAAGAUUUUGACAGUCGUAGAUACAAAUACUUGGAUGAUGAUGGAUCUCUCUCUCCUAUUGAAGAGUCAGAAACAGUGGAAGAGGCUGCAACAACUCUUGAACAUGAUGAUGGAUGUGAUAUCAAAUUGGUGGACAAUAAUGAAUUCAUAGUAAGUUCUGAAAUACCAAAGAAAAUGAAUCUGUAUUUAGGACAAGAGGAAUAUACUGAAGAAGCUGCUUCGUCUAAAAAGAGAGCAUCAAAAUCCAAAAACAUGGGACAGAGGAUAGAAUGGUCUGAAAAGGAAGAGAUAGGAAUAUGAAUAUUAAGGCUUUUCACUUGAAAACAGUGUCUGGACUUAAAGUGGGGAGUUUUUGAAGUAUGUCCAUAUUCAAGUGGAGAUCCGAGAAGACCUCUGGACAGUGACAGCUGUGGAUUGAACAAAAGUUUGUUUUAAAAGUGCUAUUUUGAAGAUCAUCACUCUGGCUUUGGUGGAACUAUGGUGAUUGGCGGCAGAAGGAAUCACAUGUCAAAUAUCUUAAAUAAAAAUUUUAUUAACUUUGUCAAA